AUGGCAAGGACGACAACAAGCACAAAGAAGAGCGCGGAUGCAGGCGAACGCGUCGUCAAGAAACGACGUCUUUCCAAACCGUAUAGGCACCCGGACGAUAUUGUCGACAGCGAAAGUGACAAGGAUGAGCCACGGGAAAGAGAUCGUCUUGGCGGGUCAGGUGCCACAGUGGGAAUUCAAGACAGGACACGCAGAGCCUUGGCGAAUGAGGCCACCGAGGUAGCGCGGGAUGACGAGGAAACCGAUACUGAUGACUUUCAAACUCGUCUUGAGCCCGCCCGGUCGAUAGUCAGGGGUAGGCGGGACGAGUACGGACAAAUUCACGACAGCAGCAACAGCAGCAACAACACCGCUACCACUACUGCCCGUCGUGAUUUGACUAAAAUGCCUCCUUAUCCUGAGCAUCUUUUGUCGACUCUGCCGGAAAGACCUGCGCGUCGUCCCUCAGCCCAGACCCGGGGAACGACUAACGCCUCAUCAACGCCAAACCCUGCCACACAAGCACCAUCGCGCAAGAGGCCCUUGUCGAGGGUGCCUUCGCACAUCUCUGAUGGCCCAAGGAGGGUCCUAGGUGUGACGGGGACGACGGCACUGAGAAAGCCAAAGGUGGAUGAGACGGAUGGCGAACGUGGACCACUCCGUCCUUCUCAGUCCCUACCAGAAGAAGGACCUCCACAUGAAUCGGAUGUGCACAAGGCCAUGGAGGACCAUGGCACGGAUCUCUGGAGGGAUUGGUGCAAAAGAAUGGCCUACAGUGAUAAAGACCGAGUGACGGCGCUAAAGCUCAAGGACUACAUCGACCUUGAGGUCAUGCCUAAGGACAGGGAGAUGAUGAGGAAGAGCUGGAGACUGCCAGGUCACCCAGAUUUCAUCGCCGUUUCGGCCCUGGAGGCCAACAUCCGCCCGGUCGUCCGUCUCUGGUAUGAACAGUCCUUGGAGGCCGAGCUUGAGACGAUCAGAGAUGCAAAACUGAAAUCCACUCGAUCACAACAACCAUUGCGACCACCAACACCGAAAUCACAGCCACGGCAAGCAAAACCAAAAACAAAACUUCGGCAACCUCAGCUGCAAUUACCGCCAAUAACCGCCUUCACCUCCACGAACCAGCAACUUGUGAUGAGUACGACAGAGGACAAGGAGAAUAUCGGCAAAGAGGGCAAGGAAGCGAAGGGGAAGAAGGAGAUAGGCGAGCAGGAGAAAGGUGGCGCGGCCAAGGACGAUGACAGUGACAAAGAAAACAACACUAGCAAUAACAGAGAUGGCGGAGCCAAUAUUUCAGGGGACCAUACUACAUCUGACAGCUCUGAAACCAAAGGCAAGGAUCCAACAGGCAAGGACGAAGAGCGCGACGCUGCCGCAAAGAGAAUUCCGGUGACGACCUCGAAAUUGGUGGCGCCAUCGACACCGACUUUGUCAACAGCCUCAUCGAUACCUGCACCUGCCUCACCGCCUAGCAUACCGCCGCCCACAUCGCCUUCAUCACAACCUCCGGCUGGAAAGAGUCAGAUCUUAGCAAAGGACAUUCAGCUCCUCAGGAUUAUGGACCUUGCGUCACCCAGGGUUGAUUUUGAGUUAAGCGACAAAGCCAUCAAACACCGGCUCAACCCAAGGGUCACCACAGUUGCGGACGUAUUGACAGAGUGGACGGUCGGGAUUGACGGAGGGCCUUCGAUCCGGCAGCUGAACUCUGACUAUGGUAUGUCCUGGCAACACAAUGACGACGAGAAAGAGUACUCUGAUCGGGAGGCGAUUGUUCUGGAGUUCAAGCGACUGGUGUUCGAGGAUGGAGAGACAGAUCAGGAAGCGCAGAAGUUGCUGGAGGAUGAGCUUACAUUGUCAUCGAAGGCGGACUUGGCGGCUCGACUGCGAACUUCCAGGAGGGCCAGCCUCACGUCUUUAACGGCGGCAUAG